AUGGAGGUCGCUCGUACCUCCUUGAGCCAUGCGGCUGCCCCCCAUUUUCUGUGGCCGUUUGCAGUCCGAUACGCUGCGCAUCAGCUCAACCUCUGGCCCCGUGUCUCCCUGCCCGAGACUUCUCCGACACUGCGUUGGACGGGAGAGGCUGGCGAUGCGUCGCGUUUUCGGGUCUGGGGAUCCCGAGCUUUUGUCCGCGACACGUCCGCGGACAAUCUCUCUCGUCUCGCUGUCCCCUGCGUCUUCCUUGGCUUUGUCCCGGACGCCCCUGGCUGGCAGUUCUACCACCCCACCUCGCGUCGUGUCCUGGCCUCUCAGGACGUCACUUUUGACGAGUCCGUCCCCUACUACCGCCUCUUCCCCUACCGCACUGCCCCGCUCCCCCCCCCGCCUCUCUUCCUCGCUCCAGGUGCUGAGGUACCAGACCCCCUCCCCCCUCAGGGUGCCGCUCCCUCAGGUGUGUCCCAGGUAGACCCGGGUGAGCCUGUCGAGGUAGCUGUUGACUCUCGUCCUGCUAGGGGUGCUGAGCCUGGGGGUGCUGCGUCUAGGGGUGCUGAGCCUGGGGGUACUGCGUCUGGGGGUGCUGAGCCUGGGAGUGCUGAGUCUGGGGGUGCAGAGCCUGGGGGUGCUGAGCCAGGAGGUGCUGAGUCUGGAGGUGCGGAGCCUGGAGGUGCUGAGCCUGGGGGUGCUGAGUCUGGGGGUGCUGAGUCUGGGGGUGCUGAGCCUGAGCGUGCUACACCUGGAGGAGCCCUCUCCUCCCAGCAGCUGCAGGAGAGGUACCUCGAGUACUGCCGCCUCCGGAGAGGUGCUGCUGGAGCUCGUCCCGGUACUUCCCCUCCUACCCAGGAGCUCCCCCCCAUUCAGCAGAUCCGCGAGUGGUACACACGGCGCUGCAGUCUUCGGAGUGGUGCUCCUGGUGCUGCGGACCCUGGGGGUGGCGCUGCUGCUGGUGCUGAGGACCCGGACGUUGGAGCUGCUGCUGGUGCUGCGGACCCGCCUGGUGGAGCUGCUGCUGGUGCUGAGGACUCGGACGUUGGAGCUGCUGCUGGAGCUGAGGACCCGGGCGGUGGCGCUGCUGCUGGUGCUGAGGACCCGGACGGUGGAGCUGCUGCUGGUGCUGAGGACUCGGACGGUGGAGCUGCUGCUGGAGCUGAGGACCCGAGCGGUGGCGCUGCUGCUGCUGCUGAGGACCCGGACGUUGGAGCUUCUACUGGUGCUGAGGACCCGGCCGGUGGAGCUGCUGCUGGUGCUGUGGACCCGGACGCUGGAGCUCCUACUGGUACUGAGGACCCGGCCGCUGGAGUCUCCUCUGCUUCUGGAGACGCUGCGCGGCCGCGACCGUACUUCGUACCGCUCCUUCAGCAGGUUCUUGGGCAGGCUCCUCCUCCUUGUCCUCCUCCCUCCGUAGAGUGUCCUCCGCCUGUCCAGCCGCAGUCACAGUUACCGCCUACCUCGCCUCUCCCUGCUCCCUCUCCUUACACUGGUCCCACAGGAGGUCUUACAGAGCGUCGUGAGCCUGAGUCUCGUCCUGCGUCGCCUGUUCGUCCUGCUCGCACUGGUAGUCGUGUCCGUCGUGAGCGUCCUCCUCCUGUCCCAGGCACUCACUACAUGACUCUGCGUCCCUCUACUGCUCCUCAGCGUGUCCCUCUAUCGUCUCCUCCUGCGUCCUCUUUGCCUGACGUUCCGGACCCUGCGUCUGACCGGUAUCGUGCUGAGCACCCUACUGUCACGCGUCUCCUCGCUACUGUUGUCACUGACCCUACCUUUGAGUCCUCGGCUGCGUCUGCUCUGGUCGCUGAGUUGGUUGACUUUGCUGCUGCCUGUCGUCUAGACUACGCUGCUAGCCUUGUUGCUGAGUCUGAGUCUGAGUCUGUCUGUCCUCCGUCCGUCGGGGGUGAGUGUGCUCUUGGCAUGGACGUCCUUGAGGACAGACAGGAGGAGUUCCAGUGUCUUGCUGCUGCUUUGCCCCGUCUCGUGUCCUUGCUAGUUGCCCCUGAGGGAGACCCGGAUGCACCAGACAUCCCGACCCCGCGCACUUACGCUGAGGCGAUGGCGGGUCCCUACUCCUCUCAGUGGCAGACAGCCAUGGACGCCGAGAUGGCUUCCUGGAAGUCCACACGCACCUACGUAGACGAGGUUCCCCCUCCUGGGGCGAACAUCGUCAGUGGCAUGUGGAUUUUCAGGGUGAAGCGGCCGCCGGGUUCUCCGCCUGUCUUCAAGGCGCGUUACGUGGCUCGAGGCUUCAGUCAGCGAGAGGGAGUUGACUUCUUCCAGACCUUCUCCCCCACCCCGAAGAUGACUACUCUUCGGGUGCUGCUGCACAUAGCCGCUCACCGCGACUACGAGCUUCACUCACUUGACUUCAGCACUGCUUUCUUGCAGGGCAGCCUGCACGAGGAGAUCUGGCUGCGCCGCCCACCUGGCUUCACUGGGUCGUUUCCCCCUGGUACCCAGUGGAGGCUUCAGCGGCCGGUCUACGGUCUCCGCCAGGCUCCGCGUGAGUGGCACGACACACUGAGGACUACACUUGCGGCUCUUGGGUUCGCGCCUUCUACAGCUGACCCGUCGCUGUUCCUGCGCACCGACACUUUGCUGCCGCCGUUCUACAUCCUCGUGUACGUCGACGACUUGGUCUUUGCCACUGCUGACACUGCAGGACUCGCCUACGUGAAGUCGGAGCUGCAGAGGAGACACACGUGCACAGACCUGGGUGAGCUGACAAGCUAUCUUGGCUUGCGGAUCACCCGGGACAGAGCACGGUGCACCAUCACCCUGACUCAGUCACACAUGGUGCAGCAGGUUCUCCAGCGCUUCCGCUUCACGUACUCCUCGCCUCAGUCCACUCCUCUGCCUACCGGUCACUCGCUCUCAGCUCUGCCUUCGGAUGAGUCCGUAGAGCCGAAUGGCCCGUAUCCAGAGCUUGUGGGCUGUCUCAUGUACCUGAUGACCUGCACUCGACCUGACCUUGCAUACCCUCUUAGCAUCCUUGCACGCUAUGUCGCUCCUGGCCGUCACAGGAAGGAGCACAUGGAUGCCGCUAAGAGGGUGUUGCGCUACUUGUGCAGUACGUCGGGCAUGGGGCUUGUGCUUGGAGGGCGAGACCGAGUUGUUCUCACAGGGCACUCAGACGCUUCUUGGGCAGACGACCAGGCCACUCAGCGGUCGUCUCAGGGUUACACCUUCAGCCUUGGCUCUGGCUCAGUUUCUUGGCGCUCUACACGCUCUUCUUCUGUUCUCGGCUCCAGUUGCGAGGCUGAGAUCUACGCUACAGCCAUGGCUGCCCAGGAGCUACGCUGGCUGACCUACCUGCUGACCGACCUCGGAGAGCGGCCUCGUUCUCCUCCAGUACUGUACGUCGACAACAAGGCUGCCAUUGCCUUGUGUGAGGAGCACAGACUGGAGCACAGAACGAAGCACAUCGCCCUGCGGUACUUCCUUGCUCGAGAGCUGCAGCAGCGCGGUCAGCUUUGUAUUCGCUACGUGGCCACUGAGGCCAACACUGCUGAUGUGUUCACCAAGGCGCUUCAGCCUCGUGACCAUCAGCGCUUCUGCACUCUACUAGGCCUUGUGCCUACUGGACCUCACUUGCUUACCUCUUGA